UUGCCAUCAGGUGGCGUACAUCAGGGCAUUACAGGGUGCCCCCGCAUGGCAAUGCUUCUCUUUCAGUCCAUCAUGGAACACCAGGAGGACAGCAAGGAAAAGUGCCAGUCGCACGACUGGUGGGCCGAGUUCUGUGAGGAGUCGGCCGUGCAUGGUAUGCCAUAUUUAGCCAGGCGGGAUCUGCACUGGGUGGAGCGCCUCUUCUGGCUGGCCAUGGUCCUGGCCUCGGCCUACUAUGCCAUCAGCAGCUGCUACUCCCAGUGGGAACGGUUCCGCAACAAUCCGAUUGUCUACGAGUACGAAUAUCUCUUUGCGCUGCGAAACUUCACCUUCAUCGGGAUCACAUUGUGCACGAACUACGAGACGGAGAAGCAAGUGGAGAAGCUCAUCAGAAACACUUGGUCAGUGGAUCUCACACAGGACCCUGUCAAGGCAGCCUAUUAUAAGGAGUUCCUUUUUGUUCUUAACCGUUUGCGGUAUAAUAAUUUGAAGACGCUGAAACCCUUCGAAAACGACAGCACUCUGAACAAUCUGGCCUAUGUGGAAAUGCUGCUGCAGCUGCAGGAGAAGGUCCUGCCACAUUCCAAGCCUGUUCUCAUGGCGCCCAUCAUCACAGAGGUGGGUCUCUGCCAGACGACGAGCCAAUUAACCCGCUAUGGCAGUCCCUAUGGCCAGCUACAAACCCUGAAUGUGACACCUGUGCGGCAGUGUGGCUUCUUCAACGAAUGCCAGUUCAUGCACAAGCCCUUCAACAGCAUCAAUACCCAUGUGUUUCUGUUUAUGCACGAUGUUAAUGAACUGAUGCUGCCACACGAUAGACGGACCGUCGCCUUCGAUGCCAAGACGAAGAGCUCCUACGUCCUCAAGCUGCUGGUCAGCUCCAUUUCGGCGGACAGGGAAGUGCGCAACCUGCCGGUCGCCUAUCGCAAGUGUCGCUAUCACGACGAGAACAAUCUACAGUACUAUAGCCCGUAUCAUCCGAGCCUCUGUCGCCUGGAGUGCCGCAUCAACUGGGCUCUGAGCAUGUGCCAUUGCAAGCCCUUCUUCUAUACGGCUGCCCCACAGGCCCCCAUCUGCAAUGUGACCGGAAUGCUCUGCCUGGCCGAAUCCAAUUGGCUGGAAAAGCCCUGCCAUUGCUUUUCCCUGUGCCGAGAGACUACCUACAGCAUCAUCGAGGAGUACGAACAGAGCGGAGGCGAUCAAAGCUACGUGGGCGAACAGUUCGAGCGGACGAUCAUCAUUAAACUGGAACUGCCCAAGAUGGGCAUGAAGCGUCGGGUUGUGUUUAGCACGGAUCAGCUGAUCAUGUCCUUUGGCGGAGCCAUUGGCCUGUUUCUAGGUGCUAGCUUCAUGACCAUCUAUGGUCUGAUAUAUCUAAUGCUAUACUUUCUGGUUGUCCAAUGUCGCAAAUGUCGUCCCAGGAAAGAUAAUUCGCUGGAUGGAAAAAAAGAAAGUGUUGCACCAUUAGGAAACCAUUUUGUUGGGUAACUUUAAUUUUCCUUUACUUUAAAUAAACAUUUCCAGCUUUCUUUAUUAUGUCAAAUA